AUGGCCGGCCCAACUCUCACCAACACGAUCUCUGGUGCCGACAGUCACGCCACGCCCAUGAACGCUUUUACUUCUAGCCAUAUCUCCUCUUCACGAUACCAAACACGACCCCAAACCCAAACACCGGCACAAACAACAACAGCCUUCAUCUUCCACGUCUCAACCCUCGUCUACCGUCCCAGGAGCGCUGGCAGCCCGUCUAAUGUCGGUGCCAAUCGUGCCAACAGCAACAGCGACGCAACUUGGUGCCCCAUCUCCUCUGUCUCCGCUAGCAACUCGUCAUCCGUCUCCGGCUACACUAGCUGUGACUCCCAUUCUGAUUCCACCUGGAACCAGAAUAUCAACAUUAACAUCAACCCAACAAAUUCACAGUCACAGUCACAAUCACGUCACCACCACUACCACCCCGACCCGCUCCGCCAGCAUCAGGUCAAGCUGCUGCGUCCCCUCCUUCCGCGGCCGUCGGCCGGCGAGACUAUAGCGGGGCUACAGGCGGUGGGUAUACCGUUUGUUAUUGUUUGGGAGCCUACCUCUACUGAGUUGUCGGGAUCUGCAGCGGGUCAAGGGUAUGGACUCAAGUGUGGAUAUGGAGACGACGACAGACUCGACGACGAGUUCACGUCGGAGGAAGAGGUGGCGAAUACCAUUACUAGGGUGUUGGGACUGGAAGUGCCGAUUGGUAGCGAGAGGGUGGUGGGGAGGUGGACGCUUUUGAGAAGUGUUGCUGCUGUACAGGGUCAACAGUCUCAGAAUGGUGGAAAGGAUGGGAAAGAUGGGAAAGAGGUGGCGGGGACCUUGGUGAUUGGGGAUGAUGAGGAGAAAAACAGGGAGAUGGCGAGGAUGUUGGGGUUUCAGGCGGAGAGGGUGGUGAAUUCGGAGGAGGUGGAGAGGAUGUGGAAGAGGAAGAAGGAGGUGGCUGGGGAGGACAAAGGAGGUGUGGAGGGGGGAGGGAAGAAGGUGGUAAAGAAAAAGGAGGAGCGGAAGGAGGAGCAGAAGAACCACAAGCCGAGCCCACAGCAGGACCGGACCCAGCGACAACACCUGAAGCCGUCGAAGCCGACUUUGACCUUGAGGAGCAGGUUAAGCUGCCCAUUCGAUGACAUGAAGAUCGUGGAGGGUCUUUGCUCUUCUCCGGAGGAUAAGGUCGACGAGGAAACUACAGACGAUAACCGCGAUGGGUCAAAGAAGCAAGGCGGGCUCGUGGAGGAGAAAGGCGAAGCAAAUGAAGGUCGUCCUACAGAGUCACCGACGCCCACAACUCCUUCGACUCCCGAUACUGUCCAAGGCCUGUAUAUCCCGAUCAAGCAUGGAGAGCGGACCGUGGCAUAUGUUCCGGUCAGCCCUACCAGCACCACAUGUUCAGAGAAAGGUCUCGAGUCUCCGGUCACUCGCAUUACUUCCAUUAUUUUCUUCUCGCCGCCGUCCUUAAGGACCUGGGACCGCGAUGUUCGCGUUAUCAGCAAGUUGUGUCAAUUUCAGGGUGGUGGAGAAGAUGCACCCAAGCUUUACAUCGUUCAGAAGCCGGGAGAGUUUGGACGUAGUAGCCCGUCUCUGGCAUCUGCCUAUUCCUCGUCCACAUCAUCCUCGACAUCAUCAAACAUCCCUUCUCCGACAUUUCCCACGGCCCCUUCAGAGGCCAGUCUUGAGACCCUGGCUUCCACUGCCUCUACCGUCUUUUCUCGAGCUUCGUCGACCUCUACGACAGAGUCCAUUCCAUCUAAGCGUCAAUGCAAAUUAACCAUGCAUCGCACGGCAUCAGACUGGAUCCGCGAUGUGACCGCUCGAUGGCGAGCCACCAACCCCAACCUUCCCGACAAGGCCAAACUUCCUUAUUACCUCAUCGACCCCCUAACCUGCGCCCUCCAAGUUCUCGAAAUCGGCCGUCAACGAGCACAGUCGACCAUCUGGGCGAGGGCCAAUCUCCCCGUGCACUUGCGCCAGGUACUCCAACUGGAGACGCUUUACAUCGUUGACUCGGGUGAGCACCCGUCGCGUUUCUUCAAUGACUUGGGCAGUGCCAGCGGCAACAAAGACAAACAUUCCGCUUCCUCGAACCCCAAUUCUGAUAUGUCGUUUCAGCGGCAUUUGGCAUCCCUUGGUGUGGAUGUAAUUCCUGCGAAGCGACUUGGGCCUCUGCGGGACGAGGAUGAGGACCAGGACCAGAAGACAAAGAAAAUCCAUGAGAACAAAGACAGCGUGGAUGCAAGCGCCCGCCAACCCACUCCCCAGACGCACCAAAGACGCACAUCUUGGUUCCGCCAACUGAUCACGAGAGGCCAACCCGGAUCCAAGCCUCGCAAUCCCGGUGGCGGUGACAAGAGUCAGACUCAACGCCCCUCUACCUCUACCUCUACCUCUACCAACAAGACUCGCAACAAGCACAUGAACCACAGCAACAACAGCACCACAAACCUUACCAUCAACUCAACCAACAUCCCUACUUUUCCUCCUUCCAGCGGCAUCCCCCGGAGUAUGACCACCCCCAACUACCCCAACUAUCCCAACACCACAUACACCCCCAACACCAACCUCAGCACUGCAACAACAGCCAAAUUCUACUCCCCCAGUGCCCUGGACAUGGUUUCGCGCAGUCCCACACAAAAAGCAAGAGACAUCCAUGCUAUCACGGCCUUCUGCCAUAGUAACAAUAUCGAGACGGCGGUUCAGUACGCUAUCAAUCGCGAGUACUGGGAGUGUGUGAAUAAGGGGUUGAGUCCUGUUUGGCCGACUAUUGGUGGUGGUGGGAAUAGGAUUGGUCGGAUCUGA